CCCGUUGCCAUGGUUUCCGCUGAAGCCGCGCGAGCAGCGCUUGUUUCCGCGCGUUCCGCCUCCUUGCGCCUGCGCAGUAAACGAGAGAAAGAGCGAGCAAAAACACGACGGGAAAUACCGUUCAGGAAGGCUGGCCGGGCUUUUGACGCAAAGAGUCCCCGCCCCUUUGAAGUGGGCGGGGCCAAAGGAGGUGACGUGUCAGAGGGGAAAUCGUCGGUCCAGGUUCGAAAGGGGAGGAGCAUGCAGCUGCCCGCGGUGCCCCUGACGGAUGUGGUCAUCCUAGAGUCGAUGGAUAUUAUCUUUAGGAUAAGAGGAGGCCUGGAUCUGGCCUUUCAACUGGCUACUACUGAUGAUGCUUCAACUAAAGAGGCACUUAGAUAUGUUUUCAGUGAUCUUUCAACAAAAUUAGCUUCAGAUGUGCUGGUGUUCAGGAUCUGUCAUAGUCCAGUGUACUUGUGGCCAAAUAGUGGGAAAUACUCAGUGGCAACUGAGCUUUCAGAUGACUCUGCUUGUAAGGAGAUACUGCAGUUUAUUCAAUUUGAACAAGGAGAUGAGACCAAACGCAAGUUUUUUAAAAAGAAAGAUAAAAAGUUACAAGAAUCACAGCCCAUAGUAAAUAUAGAUCUUAUGCUAGAAAUGACGACUUCAUCAGAGGCUCUGGCUCCAGUCAUUGAAAAGGAGAAUAGGAGUCAUCACUACAUAAGCAUGACCUUGCCAGUUGAUGCAGUUGUCUCUGUGUCUCCAGAAGAAGUGUGGCGGAAUGUACGGAGUCUUCUGGUGAAUGCAAUUCACACACAGCUAACCGACAUGGAAAAAUGCAUUUUAAAAUAUAUGAAAGGAACAUCGGUUGUGGUUCCGGAACAAUUUCAUUUCAUGCUACCGGGGAAAAAACAACUUGUAACUAUUUCAUACCCAACAGGCAUUUCUGAUAAUCAGCUAGAGACUUACAGACAGGAAUUACAUAGAUGGUUUAAUCUACCUUUCGACAGACCUUAUUUCCGAAGGGCAAAUGCCUACCAUUUCCCAGAUGAACCGUUCAAAGAUGGAUAUCUCAGAAACCCGCAUGUACACCUCAACCCACCUGGCAUAGAGUCUGGUAUAGUAUAUCUGGUAUAUGGUACAUACAGUUACCAUCACUACAUGCAAGAUCAUAUUGAUGAUAAUGGUUGGGGCUGUGCGUAUCGUUCCUUACAGACUAUAUGCUCAUGGUUCAGGCAUCAAGGAUACACAGACAGAUCAAUACCAACACACAAGGAGAUCCAGCAGGCUCUAGUUGAUGUUGGAGACAAGGUGCCAGGAUUUGUUGGAUCGUGCCAGUGGAUUGGUUCCAUUGAAGUGCAGCUUGUACUGAGUCAACUUUUAGGGAUAACUUCAAAAAUACUGUUUGUCAGCCAAGGGUCUGAGAUGGCUUCUCAGGGAAGAGAACUUGCUAAUCAUUUCAAGACUGAGGGAACACCAGUGAUGAUUGGUGGAGGUGUCUUGGCUCAUACAAUACUUGGAGUGGCAUGGAAUGAGAUCACAGGGCACAUAAAAUUUCUAAUCUUGGACCCCCAUUACACUGGAGCAGAGGACCUGAAUACUGUAUUAGAAAAGGGUUGGUGUGGAUGGAAGGGUCCAGAUUUUUGGAAGAAAGAUGCUUAUUAUAACCUGUGUCUACCCCAGCGACCAAAAUCUAUUUGAACUCCAGUUUUGAACUGUGAUAAAUUACUUGACUUAUCUAUAUGUAUAUUGUCUGUACGCAUGCAUAUGUUCAUUCUUUUGAGAAAUGAUGAGUAUGUUUUUAUUAAAAUCUUGUUCAAAACCCCAGUUGAAAUAGAAAUGCCAGUCUAAUAGAGUUGGGAGAAAAGUAAUUCGAGUAGAUUUUCAAAUAAAACCUGAGAUUUAAACAUU